AUGGCUUAUAAUCCAGAGAAGGACCUGUCCUGUCCUGUCUGCCACGACAUCUUUGAUAUUCCUGUCGUCCUGGCAUGCAGCCACAGCUUCUGUAAAACCUGUGUGGAGACCUGGUGGAGAGACAAACCCAUAAAAGAGUGUCCGGUUUGUAAGGAAAGACCUUUGCUGGGUGAGCCACCGGUUAGUUCAGCCUUAAAGAACCUGUGUGAGGCCUUCUUACAAAAGAAAGAUCAAAAUGCUUCUGCAUUCUCUGAAACUGUUUGCAGUCUGCACCAUGAGAAACUGAGAGUCUUCUGUUUGAAUCAUCAGCAGCCAGCGUGCCUCGUCUGUCGAGAUUCAAAAAUACAUCUCGGCCACAGCUUCAGACCCGUUAAUGAAGCUGCAGAAGAUCACAGAAAGGAUCUCAAGGAAUCCUUGAAACCUUUACAGGAGAAACUGAAAGUGUUUGAAGAAGUUAAAGAAAAGUUUGAUGAAGCAGCAGAACACAUUAGGGUCCAGGCCCAGCAGGCAGAGAAACAAAUUAAGGAGGAGUUUAAGAAGUUGCAUCAGUUUCUACAAGAUGAAGAGGAGGCCAGAACCACUGCUUUAAAAGAGGAAGAGGAGCAGAAGAGUCAAAUGAUGAAGGGGAAGAUUGAAGGUCUGAGCAGAGAGAUAGCCGCUCUUUCAGAAAUAAUCAGAGCCACGGAAGAGGAGCUGAGAGCUGAAGAUGUCUCGUUCCUGCAGAACUACAAAGCUGCAGUGGAAUUAAUCCAGCAGUGCCCUCUGUUGGAUGAUCCAGAGCUGGCCACAGGAGCUCUGAUAGAUAUGGCCAAACACCUGGGCAACCUAACCUACAACAUCUGGAAUGAGAUGAAGGCGAUAGUCUCCUACUUUCCUGUGAUUCUGGAUCCAAACACAGCUCAUCCAGAGCUCAUCCUAUCAGAAGAUCUGACUGCCGUAAGAUCUGUAGAGGGGCAUCAGCUUCCUGACAAUCCGGAGAGGUUUGGCUGCUAUUGCAUUGUCCUGGGCUCUGAGGGCUUUGACUCAGGCACCCACAGCUGGGAUGUUGAGGGAUCCUCACAGAAGAUCAUCUAA